GCACCGGGGAAUGUCUGAGGAAAGAUGGCGGAAGGAGGAGCGGCUGAUCUGGAUACCCAAAGAGGAGAGGUCGCGGCACUAUUGAAAACACAACUAAGAAAGGGAGACACUUGGUACCUAGUGGACAGUCACUGGUUCAAACAGUGGAAGAAAUAUGUGGGAUUUGACAGCUGGGACAAAUACCAGAUGGGAGACCAGAAUGUCUACCCAGGACCGGUUGAUAACGCUGGUCUUCUCAAAGAUGGUGAUGUGCUCGCCAUCAAGGAACACCUCAUUGAUGAGCUUGACUACAUCCUGGUCCCAACAGAAGGCUGGAAUAAGCUUGUCAGCUGGUAUGGACUCUCAGAGGGUCAGGAGCCAAUUGCUCGCAAGGUGGUUGAACAGGGUAUGUUUGUGAAGCACUGCAAGGUAGAGGUGUACCUGACCGAGCUGAAGCUCUGUGAAGACAGCAACAUGGACAACGUGAUCACCAAACGCUUCAGUAAAGCUGACACAAUAGAUAUGAUUGAGAAGGAAAUGAGGAAGCUGUUCAGCAUACCUGACGAGAAGGAGACCAGGCUGUGGAACAGGUACAUGAGCAACACCUUUGAGCCUCUCAACAAACCUGACAGCACCAUCCAAGACGCCGGCCUCUACCAAGGACAGGUUCUCGUAAUAGAGCAGAAGAAUGAGGAUGGCACAUGGCCCCGAGGCUCCACGGCACUCAAGUCAUCUGGUGCUUCCAAUCUCUCUGCUUUGCCAAAGAUCUCGCCUUCAUCUCUCACAAACAAUCAUAACAGCAGCUUCAACAGCAGGAAUGUGAAGAAUUCAACCUAUAGUCUGACAUCCUACCACCCAUACAGCAACAGCUAUGACUACUCAGACCAGAGCAGGCAGAGUGAGCGCUCAGGCUUAUGUGGACUCUCAAACCUGGGCAACACCUGUUUCAUGAACUCUGCUGUGCAGUGUUUAAGCAAUAUCCCGCCACUGACGGAAUACUUCCUCAAAGACAAGUACACAGAUGAGCUGAAUGAGGACAAUCCACUGGGCAUGAAGGGGGAGAUUGCCAGAGCCUACGCAGAGCUUAUUAAACAGCUGUGGUCAGGCAAAUACAGCUACGUCACCCCGAGGCCUUUCAAGACCCAGGUGGGCCGCUUCGCCCCGCAGUUCUCGGGCUACCAGCAGCAGGACUCUCAUGAACUUCUGGCUUUCCUCUUGGAUGGCCUACACGAGGACUUAAACCGCAUCAGGAAGAAGCCCUACAUUCAGCUCAAGGAUGCUAAUGGUCGGCCUGAUAAGGUUGUAGCAGAGGAGGCGUGGGAGAACCACAUUAAAAGAAAUGACUCCAUUAUUGUGGACAUUUUUCACGGUCUAUUCAAGUCGACUUUGGUGUGUCCUGUGUGCUCUAAGGUCUCUGUGACCUUUGAUCCUUUCUGCUACUUGACCUUGCCACUACCUAUGAAGAAGGAACGGACACUUGAAGUUUAUUUAGUCAGACUCGAUCCUUUGGCCAAACCCACACAGUACAAACUAACUGUGCCAAAAGUGGGCUACAUUUCUGACCUGUGUACAUCCCUGUCCAGCCUGUCUGGGGUGCCUGCUGAGAAGAUGAUUGUAACUGACAUCUACAACCACCGUUUCCACCGGAUCUUCGCCACCAACGAAAACCUCAGCAGUAUUAUGGAGAGAGAUGAUAUCUAUGUCUUUGAGGUGGCGGUGAACAGAGUGGAGGACACAGACCACGUAGUGAUCCCAGUGCACUUGAGGGAGAAGUACAAACAGUCGGGAUAUAACCACACGAGCACGCCGCUGUUUGGACAGCCCUUCCUCAUUGCUGUCCCCAGAACUCUCAGUGAAGACAAACUCUACAACAUGCUGCUCCUGCGCCUCUGUCGGUUUGUGCGACAUUCUGCAGAGGAAGAUGAGGACGACUGUGAAGAGACACCACCGUCCAAACAACACACUGUUAAUGGUAAUGCCACUAAUGGACUGUUGGAGGAGGGGUCACCGAGUGAGAUGGAGACCGAUGAGCAGGAUGACGAGUCCAGCCAGGAUCAGGAGCUGCCCUCUGAAAAUGACAACAGCCAGUCGGAGGAUUCUGUCGGCGGGGACAAUGAACUUGAGAACGGCGUGGUCGGUCCACAGAAUUCCACCAAAGGCCAGCAGACGUCCGGGCACAACAGAAAGAGACUUUUUACAUUCCAGUUCAAUAACAUGGGAAAAACGGACUUCUCGCUCAUCAAGGAGGACACCAGGCAGAUCCGCUUUGACGAGGGACACCUCCGACUUAGUGACCGCUCUUAUCUCUCCUUGGACUGGGAACCAGAAAUCAAGAAGAAAUACUUUGAUGAGACUGUUGUUGAGGACUUUGAGAAGCAUGAGAGCAUGGAGUACAAACCUCAGAAAAAGGCUUUCUUCAAGCUGAAGGACUGCAUCGAACUGUUCACCACAAAGGAGAAACUGGGAGCAGAGGACCCUUGGUACUGUCCAAACUGUAAGCAGCACCAACAGGCCACAAAGAAGCUGGACCUGUGGUCUCUGCCACCGGUGCUGGUGGUCCAUCUCAAACGCUUCUCCUACAGUCGCUACAUGAGGGAUAAACUUGACUCACUUGUUGACUUCCCGCUCAGAGAUCUGGACAUGUCCGAAUUCCUGAUCAACCCCAAUGCCGGGCCCUGUCGCUACGACCUCAUUGCUGUGUCCAACCACUAUGGUGGGAUGGGAGGGGGCCACUAUACUGCUUACGCUAAAAACAAAGACGAUGGAAAGUGGUACAACUUUGAUGACAGCAGUGUUUCUCCUGCCAGCGAAGAUCAGAUAGUGUCCAAAGCAGCCUAUGUGUUGUUCUAUCAGCGCCAGGACACGGUGAAAGGCACCGGCUACUUUGCUCUCGACCGCGAGGAGGAAGAGGAGGAAGAUGAAGAGGAGGAAGAGGAAGGAGAGGAUGAGGAAAACGAGGGCGAGGAGAGGCAAGAAAGGAAAACCGCCUCAUCUGCUCAGGGAGCCUCGUCUGCCGCCGCCGCCAUUCAGAGCGACGAGGAGGACCUGAAUGAGAACCGGUGCAGGAAGACUGAGGACGAGCAGGAAGAGGAGGACGAGGAAGAGGAGGACGAGGAGGAGGAACAGGUACCCAAUCGAGAUGUCGCCAUGAAAACCAACUGAGGGAAACGAGGACAUGAAUAAGUGGAGAGAGCGAGAGGGAAUGGGAUCUUUCCAUCCAAAGCCAUAUGGACACACAGUGUGACAGCGGGCGCCACUGGUCCCACCCAGCGGCUCGGACUCAGCUGCUCAACAGGCAGAACCUCUGCGGGAAUGUCAGCUGUUGGGUCAGGGGCCUACAGGGGUACGCAACUCUAAGAAAUCAGGGCCCUCCUCUGUGGUUGUGUGAGUGUGUGUGAGAGAGUGAGUGUGUGUGUGUGUGUGUGUGUGUGUGUGUGUGUGUGUCAUCAUGUCCAUUUGUUUAGAAUUUGCUUAAUUGCUCUCUGAGAAGAGUCACUAAAUGACACCCGGGAUCGAUUUGAGGCUCCGUAGCUUCAUAGCUCCCUCUGCGUAUAUAUAUAUAUAUAUUUUUUUUUGAGAGAGGAAUGCAUUGUUGGCAUAUCAUUUUUAGCAUCAUCAUUUAAAUUUUUGUAAAUAUUUUAAACACUGAAUUGUAUUGAGUUUUCAUGAUGCGCUGAAACAUUUUUGAACUUGCACAAUCA